CAGGAGCCCCCCCCCCCCCCACCACCGUUACCAUGGAUACCACCACCUCCAUCAAGAUGACCACGCUGGCCAUCCAGAACCUGUUCAGCUACGUAGAGGACGAGAACCUGCCGGCUCUCAGGAACCACCUGGAGCGCUUCAAGGAGGUGGACGGACGCAGCGACAACGGUCAGACCCCCCUGAUGCUGGCGGCGGAGCAGGGCAGUCUGGAGAUCAUCCAGGAGCUCAUCAGGAGAGGAGCUAACGUCAACCUGGACGACGUGGACUGCUGGUCGGCUCUGAUCUGUGCAGCUAAAGAAGGUCACGUGGAGGUGGUGAAGGAGCUGCUGGAGAACAGCGCCUACAUCGAGCACAGAGACAUGGGCGGCUGGACGGCUCUGAUGUGGGCGGCAUACAAAGGCCGUGUGGAGGUCACUGAGCUGCUGCUGGAGAACGGAGCUAACCCCAAUACUACAGGACAGCAGUACAGUGUGUAUCCGAUCAUCUGGGCAGCAGGUCGAGGACACGCCGACAUCGUCAAAGUUCUGCUGGAGAACGGAGCUAAAGUCAACUGUUCUGACAAGUAUGGGACCACCCCUCUGAUCUGGGCGUCCAGGAAAGGACACUUUGACUGUGUGAUGCACCUGCUGGAGAACGGCGCCGACGUGGACCAGGAGGGGGCGAACUCGAUGACGGCCCUGAUCGUGGCUGUGCGUGGCGGCUACACUGAGGUGGUGAAGGAGCUUCUGAAGAGGAACCCGAACGUCAACAUGACGGACAAAGACGGGAACACGGCGCUGAUGAUCGCCGCCAAGGAGGGCUACACCGAGAUCGUCCAGGACCUGCUGGACGCCGGGACGUACGUCAACAUCCCCGACCGGAGUGGGGACACGGUGCUGAUCGGAGCGGUGAGGGGGGGACACGUGGAGAUCGUCAGAGCGCUGCUGCACAAAUACGCCGACAUCGACAUCAGAGGACAGGAGAACAAGACGGCGCUGUACUGGGCGGUGGAGAAAGGGAACGCCACCAUGGUGAGAGACAUCCUGCAGUGUAACCCUGACACCGAGACCUGCACCAAGGACGGAGAGACUCCUCUGAUCAAAGCCACCAAGAUGAGGAACAUCGAGAUCGUGGAGCUGCUGCUGGAUAAAGGAGCCAAAGUGUCUGCAGUCGACAAGAAAGGAGACACGCCCCUCCACAUCGCCAUCCGUGGGCGGAGCCGGCGCCUGGCCGAGCUGCUGCUCAGGAACCCCAAAGAUGGCCGCCUGCUGUACCGGCCCAACAAGGCCGGAGAGACGCCCUACAACAUCGACUGCAGCCACCAGAAGAGCAUCCUGACACAGAUCUUUGGAGCCCGUCACCUGUCGCCCACGGAGACGGACGGGGACAUGCUGGGCUACGACCUGUACAGCUCUGCGCUGGCCGACAUCCUGAGCGAGCCCACCAUGCAGCCGCCCAUCUGCGUGGGCCUGUACGCCCAGUGGGGCAGCGGCAAGUCCUUCCUGCUGAAGAAGCUGGAGGACGAGAUGAAGACGUUCGCCGGACAGCAGAUCCAGCCGCUCUUCCAUUUCUCCUGGCUGCUCGUCUUCCUCUCCCUGCUGCUCUGUGGCUCCGUGGCCCUCGGCCUCGGCUUCACCGUCGACCCCAAGCUGGCCAUGGCCGUGUCCCUCAGCCUGCUGGCCCUGCUCUACCUCUUCUUUGUGGUGGUGUACUUCGGCGGGCGGCGGGAGGGCGAGAGCUGGACGUGGGCGUGGCUGCUCAGCACCCGCCUGGCGCGGCACAUCGGGUACCUGGAGCUGCUGCUACGGCUGAUGUUCGUCAACCCGCCGGAGCUGCCGGAGCAGAGCACCAGAGCCCUACCUGUCAGGUUCCUGUUCACCGACUAUAACCGGCUGUCGAGCGUCGGCGGGGAGACGUCGAUGGCCGAGAUGAUCGCCACGCUGUCAGACGCCUGCGAGAGAGAGUUCGGCUUCCUCGCCACACGCCUGUUCAGAGUGUUCAAGACCGAGGAGACGCAGGGGAAGAGGAAGUGGAAGCGGACGUGCUGCGUGCCGUCCUUCGUGCUCUUCGUGCUGGUGCUGGCGUGCCUGCUGACCGGCAUGGCGCUGCUGGCGGUCUUUAAGGUGGACGGGGAGAACCGGACGGUGAACGGCGUGCUGGUGGCCAUCGGCAGCGUGGUGGGGCUGGCGCUGCUGCUGAACUGCAGGACCUGGUGGCAGGUCACCGAUUCGGUGCUCCACUCCCAGAGGAAGAGGCUCCACGGCGCCGCCAACAGGAUGCACAAGCUGAAGAGCGAGGGCUUCAUGAAGGUCCUGAAGACGGAGGUGGAGCUGAUGGCGAGGAUGGCGAAGACCAUCGACGGCUUCACGCAGCAUCAGACCAGACUGGCGGUCGUCAUCGACGGGCUGGACUCCUGCGAGCAGGACAAGGUUCUGCAGAUGCUGGACACGGUGCGGGUCUUGUUCUCCAAAGGUCCCUUCAUUUCGAUCUUUGCCAGCGACCCUCACAUCAUCAUUAAGGCCAUCAACCAGAACCUGAACAGCGUCCUGCGGGACUCCAACAUCAACGGACACGACUACAUGAGGAACAUCGUCCACCUGCCCGUCUUCCUCAACAGCCGGGGACUGUCCAGCGCCAGGAAGAUGUGUGCCGCCGCACCGGCCAACGGGGACACUGCCAACACUGAGGGUUGGCAUGAGGAGUUGGACAGGAAACUCUCUCAGCACAGUUUGGGAGAGUUAACAAAGUUUGGCAGCAAGACGACCCUGAACCGCCGGGACACGUACCGGCGGCGGCAGGUGCAGCGCUCGGUGACUCGCCAGAUGUCGUUCGACCUGACGAAGCUGAUGGUGACGGAGGAUUGGUUCAGUGACAUCAGCCCCCAGACCAUGAGGAGGCUGCUGAACAUAGUCUCAGUCACAGGCCGCCUGCUGAGAGCCAAUCAGAUCAGCUUUAACUGGGACCGCCUGGCGUCCUGGAUCAACCUGACGGAGCAGUGGCCCUACAGGACCUCCUGGCUCAUCCUCUACCUGGAGGAGACGGACGCCGUCCCCGACCACGCCACGCUCAAGACCAUCUACGAGAGAGUGUCUAAGAACAUCCCCACCACCAAGGACGUGGAGCCUCUGCUGGAGAUUGACGGAGACGUCCGGAGCUUCGAGGUCUUCCUGUCCUCACGGACCCCCGUCCUGACCGCCAGGGACAUCCGCACCUUCCUGCCCUGCACCGUCAACCUGGACCCCAAGCUGAGGGAGAUCAUCGCAGAUGUUCGUGCGGCCCGUGAGCAGAUGAAUAUGGGCGGGGUCCCCUACCCGCCCCUGCAGGAGGCCCCGCCCCGCCCGGUCUCCGUGUACAGCCAGGUGUCGUCGGCGUGCUCGCCGUCCGCCUCCUUCAGCGGGCCGUUCAACGCGGCGCCGGGGGGCGUGGUCUCCCCGACGCCUCACAGCAGCUACUACAGCGGCCUGGCCGGGCCGCAGCACCCCUUCUACAACAGGGGCUCCUCCGUGGUGUCGGGCCCCCCCCCCGUGCUCCUCAGCUCCAUGGCGACGGAGGCCGUGUGUGAGCGCGUGCGGCUGAUCGACGGCAUCGACCAGAGCAUGAUGGGACAGUACAGCGCCACCAUCAGGAAGGCGAACGUGAACGGCAGAGUUCUGUCUCAGUGUAACAUCGACGAGCUGAAGAAGGAGAUGAACAUGAACUUCGGAGACUGGCAGCUGUUCCGAGCCACGGUUCUGGACAUGCGCCACAUGGAGAGCCAGGUGCUGCACGAGGAGGCGGCCAGUGAGCAGGGCAGCGUCGUGGGCGGGCACGCCGAGGCCGGGCGGAGGGCCACGGCGCCGAUUCACGCCGGCGCCGCCAACACGGACGCUUCGCCCAUGUACAGCUUCAACCUGAGCUUCGAGGAGCUGAGCGGCGUGGGGCUGGACGAGGCGCCGCGGCACGGGAACAUGCAGUGGAUGGGUGGCGCUCACCGCACCGCCAGCAUGACGAGUCUGAACUCGCAGGAGUCGUCCAACGACAUCUCGAGACUGACGGACAAGCAGCAGGCGGAGUACCGCAACGCCUACCAGGAGUACAUCGCCCAGAUGGCGCAGGUGGAGAUGGGCGGCGGCGGCGGCGAGCGGCCUGUGCAGCCGCAGCCGGGUCAGUUCAUGACGUCAUCGGAGGACAAGAGCAAAGACGGCGGCGAGCAGGACGCACGCAAGUCCUUCAGCAAGAGAGGCGGGGCCAAACCGCCGGCGCCAGACAGCGCCGACUUCGCCCCCAACGGUGACGGCCUGGACCCGAUCACGGAGGAGGACGAGAAGGGCGACCACGGAUCCUCCAAGUCGCUGCUGACCCGCAAGACCUCGGCCGAGAGGGGCGGGCUGUUCCAGGGCGCCGCCGACCUGAAGCUGAAGGCCGGCGGCGGCGGGCUGCGCUACCAGAAGCUGACGAGUGACGACGAGGAGUCGGAGGAGUCCGACAACGCUCCGCUGCUGAAGGACGGGAAGAAGGCGGCGGACGCCAAGCCGCCUGGUGGCUCGCUGGCGCUGAAGGGGAAGGACUACCUGUCGGACGCCAUGCUGGACAAGAAGGACUCGUCCGACUCCGGCGUGCGGUCCAACGAGAGCUCACCGAACCACUCGCUGCAGGACGAGGAGGCGGACCUGUCGCAGCUGGAGCGCGCCAACCUGAUCGAGCUGGACGGGAAGCGCGGCGGCCUCCCCAGCAGCCUGAGCGGCCUGCAGGACGCCGCCACCGCCCGCAUGUCGAUCUGCUCCGAGGACCAGUGCAGCCUGCUGGCCAGCAGCCCCGAGGAGAGCUGGCCCUCCUCCAAGUCCUUCAACCUCAACCGCACGCCGAGCAACGUCACGCUCAACAACAACACCAACGCCCAGCAGGGCAACCGGCCCCGCCCGCCGCCCGACGGCCCCUCCUCCUCCUCCUCCUCCAGUGAUGUCAUCCUCUCCCCGAGCUCCGCCCCCACCGCCACCACCGGCGCCACCCGGCCGGGCCCCAACAACGAGAACGUCCGCGUGGUUCACCUGAAGAGGGGCCUGAAGCCCGGAGACCCUCCGGAGAUCUGCACCGUGUCCUCCGACACUGUCACCUUCGGCGAGGAGCGGGAGAGCAUCCUGUGAUCUAAUCGUGACCUCAUCGUGACCUCAUCGUGACCUCAUUGUGACCUCAUUGUGACCCAGAGAGCGCUGAGGGUCCACCAGGAGCCGCUCCGGCCCCCGAACCACCAAAAAGUUUGACAUAUCAGGAAAAUGUUAGAAAUCAGCUGUUUGGCUGGAAAUUUUAAAUUUUGGAUUUUAACCGUCACAUGACCUUUGAUCAUGUGACGGUUAAAGACUGUUAAAGGUCGUUAUAGGUUGCGGCGGCUAGUGGCAGUGGCUAGUGGCAGCAGUGGCUAGUGGCGGCGGCUAGUGGCAGUGGCGGCAGCGGCUAGUGGCGGCAGCGGCUAGUGGCG